GAGAGCUCGAGUUACCGCAGCCGCAUCAGUGCCGUCCCCGGGCUCGCCCGCAGCCCACGCGGUGCCGGAGGCGGCCACGUACGAUGGGAUAGUGGAACUGCUCGGGGAAGGGCCGGGACACCGCAGGCAGCGCCGUCCCCCGCAUUCACCGCAGCACGGCCCUACGAGCCCGAGGAUGUGCCACGAGCGUGUGAGGGAAGGAGCGCGGCUCACCCGGUGCAGGCAUGUGUCAAGAGACAGUGCAACUGCAGGCUGCUGUGACUCCCAUUGCUCUGGUCUCAGGCUUUAGUACAAACUUCGUUGGAUCUACACAGAGCAUUAACACACUCUGCUGGGCAGGUUAAACAAACCACUCUCUAGGAUAUGAAACAGCAGCUGGCCCAAUGUCAAACAUACCACUCAUAGCCCCUCCAGCAGCAAGAUCAGGAACGACUUCUGGAUCUGUGCAAGAGACCAACACGAUGAAGAGAUGAAGACUGGAGGAACCUGGUUGGUUAUGCCUGCUAAUUGGCCAAGGCUUGCUGUCUUCAGGACCCAGACAUUUUUCAAAUAAAUGGAGAAAUAUGAUGGAUUUCAGAAAAAUCAAGGUGCUUGUUUGCCUUGUGGGGCUCAGCUGUGGCAGCUUAUGUUAUUUUUGCAUGAAUUUGACCGGACUGUCUGUAUUCUAUGGCAAAAAACAAAAUUGUACACUACAAACAUUUAGGAAAAUUGAAGAAAACUUCUUGCAGCUCCCAGAUAUAGAUUGCCGUAAGGACCCACCUUUCCUUGUACUACUUGUGGCAUCCUCAUGUCAAGACAUCGAUGCCAGGAUGGUCAUCCGGCAAACCUGGGGGAAGGAGAGAACGGUGGCUGGCAAGCAUCUAGUGACAUAUUUCCUCUUGGGAACCCCUGUGAAUCUUAGGCAGCAGGCUGACAUCAGUGCUGAAAGCCAAAAAUACAAAGACAUUAUUCAAAAGGAUUUUAUGGACACAUACUACAAUUUGACUUUAAAGACCAUGAUGGGAAUUGAAUGGGUUCACCAGUUUUGUAACCAGUCCAGCUUUGUGAUGAAAACUGACACAGAUGUGUUUGUCAAUGUUUUUUACCUCACUGAGCUGCUUCUAAAGAAAAAGAGGAAAACAGGGCUUUACACAGGCUUUCUGAAACUGCAUGAGAAACCCAUAAGGAAAAAAAAGAGCAAGUGGAGUGUGAGGAUAGAAGAAUACUCGGGUAACACCUACCCACCAUUUUGUUCAGGGACUGGCUAUGUUUUAUCCACCGAUGUUGCUAGUCAGAUCUAUCAUGUUUCGGGGAGCAUUUCAUUCAUCAAACUGGAGGAUGUGUUCAUAGGACUGUGCCUUGACAAAUUAAAAAUUCAGCCUGAGGAGCUUCAUUCAGAACAGACAUUUUUUCCAGAAAAGAUUCCGUUCUCUGUUUCUCGUUUUAAGAAAAUUGUGACUUGCCAUGAAGUAAGCUUAUCCGAACAGCAGAGCUACUGGAAUCAUUUAGUGACAGAAGAGCAUGCGAGAGUGCUCUAGCACCUUCCCUGAUUGAAUUAACAAACUGAAAUGCUUUGAAUUUACAGGGCCCCGGCAAAACUCACAAUUAAUUCUAGAUCCGUUGAAGACGUCUUACGGUUUUAGUCCCCAUUUCUGCCUCAGAGCAUUGUAACAUCUUUCUCUCCCAUUCAUUUCUACCUCUUUCCAUCCCUUCUCUACAUAAGCAACUUCUGUUUUGUUUUUUUUUUCCUUUUUCUGGAAGACAGGGGGCCACAAACGUGCCUUCUCCAUGGACUAGCUCUCAAAAUCAUGCUGCUACUGGACAGGGAAUAUUUCUGUGGUGCAAAAACGAACAAAAACCAACAAGGUACUUUCAUUUAUAGAAAAUAAUUGCACCCUCUUUCUGAUCUCUCUUAAGAGAUUACUGCAUGUGUUUCCAUCUGGACAGGCAUUUAAGAAAAGUUGCUUAUAGCUGUCAAGAUGUUCCCCUCCUGGCUUAGGGAACUGUAGCCAUGCACUUGCAGAACUGUGUUGUGGCAGAGAUAUCCCAUUCAGCCUACACAGAUUUUCUUUCUGAAGUGGAAGAAUUUGCCCAUGAAGAUCUUUCAGGACAACUUUAGGUAUAGGAAGUCACUUUAUUAAUGUGUAAGACUACUGCGCUAUUUCCUUAUGCGUGCCUCUCAAUGGAAAUGAUUGUGUGAUAGAGCUGGAUCUGUAUCACAGGAUCAACCACAGACUGUUUGAGGCUGGCAGUGAACUUUGGAGGUCGUCUGGCCCAACCCUAGCUUCAGCAGGGACUUUCAGGGUUGGGUGCUGUAUGGGAACUACUGAGUCACGGCCUGAACAUCUGAUUGAUCACCUGAGACGAGCAAUGAGUCAGCUGGAGGA